AUGACUAGUCGCAUGGACAGAUAUUCCAGAAAUUCGACUCCACCUUCACUGCAGUACGUGGGAAAGCAUCUAAUGAACGGCCACCUGGCACUUCAAAUGCAGCAGCAGGCCAUGGAUCCAACUUGCUUGAUGCCUUCUCUCUUGCGCGCUUCAUCUCUCAGAGCAGCCCCAAAGGAUAGCUCUCCUUUCUGCCUUCCAAUGAACUCACAAAACAAACAAUAUGGUCAGGAGCGCCCGUACGAGUCUCACCAACCUCACCAGCCUCACGCCGCACAAACUUCUCAACAGCUUCACAAGCAGAAUCACAAAGAUUUGAAAUAUUCAGAUAAAUCUACAAAUGUUGGAAUGGCGAAACAGCCAGUGUUAACGUCGUCGUCAUCGUUGCUGUCCUCAAUCCCAAUGCAGCAUAACAACAUGUUCUCCUUACCUCCAACCUCAUUUUCAAACCGCACCGGCAACAUUGAACACAGUUUAAACAGCAGCUUCAAAAAAUCUUUUGACUACCGCCAAGCCCUACAAAAUCUCAUGCCGCAUCAAUUCCUACAACAGCAGCUGCAGCAGCGACAUCAUCCACAACAGCUGCUACAACGACAACAGCUGCAGUUCAAACAAAACCAGCUGCAAGCUCACAGCAAUAAUUUUAAAAUGUUGAACAGUUCCAUUCGACAACAUCUCCAACAACCUCAGACCUUAUACUCUGCUAAUCAACAGACGAUUUACAGGGAAGAAACAAAAUUUUACAAUAACCAACCUCAGCAGAUCGAAACAUUCCGAAAAAAAGUUGGCAGGCCUAGGUUGUCCGAGGAAAUGAAGUUAAGAAACAAAAAUAAUAAACUGAAACUGAAGAAACAAGAAAUAAAAAUGAGACAUCAACUGAAACCUUACUCCCCACAAAACCUUUCAACGUGUUCAUCAAAAAUGCUUGUAGAUGUUCCCGGUAAACAAUUAUUACAUAAUCAACCUCGAGAUUACUUAAUUCAGAAUCAACAAGAAAAAUACAAAACUCCAAAAAAGUAUGAAAAAAUGUCUAGCAGAAACAAAUUGCUGUCAAUUGCAAAAAAGAGAAUCGUAAGCGGAAAAUUUGGCGUUUUAAAUUGUCUAAAACUGUACAGAAAGUGUAAAAAAGAUUUGAAAUUGAAGAAAUUCUUUCAAACAAAUUCAUCAGCACCUUCCAUGCCUGCGACGAAUGCGAACAACCAAAUCCCGGUUUAUCAGAAAAAUUUCAACAGAGUCUACAAAACAUUGGUGAACUUUGACCCCACAAAAACAUCCAAAUCGGGAAAACAUAUUUCGUCUCAAACAUCACUACAGAAAAAAAUGUAUCCAUUUAAGAUGAUCAGUCCUGGCUAUUCAAACAACGCUGAUUAUUUCAACACGAACGAUGCAAAAUAUCAAAAGUUUGUUACUAACAAUAAAAAGUUAAAUUGCGACGUCCAGACGCGAGAUGUAAACAUUCCAAAAACUUCGGCUCACACCAACAAAUCGGGCACCAUGAACUCUCAUGACGACACAAAUAGCUCAAAGAAAUCAGAACAGAGCCAAGUGAUCGAGCCUAAACCGAAUGUGAUACCUCAGUUCUUCAAUGCUGGCAGUGCAGCUGUCGUUGAAGACGGCAGUCCCAAAAACAAAACCUUUGAAAUGACGAAUGCAUCGCUUCCCGCCAAAAAGAGGAAAUGGCUACAUGUCGAAACGACAGAAAAGCCGUUACUACAUUCGACUGGCUGCAACAGCGCUGUUCGCAAUGGAACAACCAACAACAACAUCAACCGCAGCAUCGGAAAUGACAUCAAAAACAGCAACAACAACAAUGCCGAUUUUAAAAAAGCAAAAAAUGAAAUAAACCAAGCCAGCAUGUACAGAAUAACCAGAUUAGCAAGGAUGAAUGUUUGGAAUUGUUUGAAACUGAUGGCAACGGCUGUAUAA